GGUAUUUUGGUCUGGUAUUUUGGUCUGGUAUUUUGGUCUGGUAUGUUGGUCUGGUAUUUUGGUCUGGUAUUUUGGUCUUGGUCUGGGUCUGGCUCUGAUCUGGAAUCUCUCGUUUGUUUGAGUUUCAACGUCAUCAGAACAAACCAUCUCCAGGUUUCUUCAGGAAAAGUUGUUGAAGCGUUGCUGAUUUUUAGAAGGAGAGCUGAAACUCAGCUCGCUGUCAGAGUGGCUCAGAAACGUUCUGGAAAGAUGGCGGUCGGUAUUCUUACGCAGCGUGAACGCCGCUCUGCGGGGCCGGCCCUCAGCAGCGGCCGACGUCGCUGAUGCCUCAGGGCGCUGCUGCUCUGCCUCUUCACGUUUUGGUCACCUGGGUUUCUUUCUCACAGGUGUUCUGACUCCUCACUGAAAAAUGCUGUCAGACCUGUCACACCUGUCCAGUCAUGCUGCUCUCUGAUUGGCUGCUGUCUGAAUGACCCUGAACACACCUGAACGUUGUCAGACAGGUGAGAUUCAUUCUGAGCAGUGACUAACGGAUGGGAGAGGUUUGAAGACGGAGACAUCAGCAGAAGAAGAAAGCCUUUAUCAGGGCACAGAAGAAGAAGAAACCACCAACUUUGGGACCAGAGAAGAAGAGUGAUGGGUCAGAACCACAGCUCCUCUCCUCAGGUGAUCCUGAUGGGUUUGGACUCUUCUGGGAAGUCGACUCUGCUCGCUCGACUGCUGACAGGAGAGGUGAUGGAAACUUCUCCCACCAUCGGAUUCAACGUGGGAACGCUGGACCCGGACAAGAAGAUGUCUUUGACAGUGUGGGACAUUGGAGGACAGCAGAGCAUGAGACAGAACUGGAGGUACUUCCUGGAUGACUCUGGGUCCUGGUUCUUGUUUUUCAGGUACUUCCUGGAUGACUCUGGGUCCUGGUUCUUGUUUUUCAGGUACUUCCUGGAUGACUGUAAGGCUCUGGUGUUUGUGGUUGACAGCAGCGAUCGUUCUCGGAUGCCAGAGGCCCAGAAAGCUUUAAAGAAGGUCCUGAAGGAUGAACGGCUGAGGGGCGUUCCUCUGAUGGUCUUAGCCAAUAAGAAGGAUCUCCCUAACUCCAUGACGAUCCGAGAGAUCUCCAACCAGCUGGAUCUGCCCAAUCACAGCGAGCGACUGUGGGAGGUCCAAGCCUGCAGCGCCCUGAAGGGACUUGGCCUCAAACAGGCAUUCAUCUCAGUCCAUAAACUGAUUAAGAAGAGCUGAGAGGAGGAC